AUGGCACUCUCCUUGGAUGGCUAUGCGGCUCCCACGGGACCUGGAGUCACAGCCGAUCAGAUGCACGGCUUGAUGGACCUGCUGGGCGUGGGAAGGGAAGAGGAGCAAGAUGAGCGGAGCAAGCCUCCCUCGUUACAUCCUGCCGCCAUGGCUGGAGGGAAGCCGAGUCAAGCUCCGCCGAACAUGAAAGUAGCAGUGAGACAGCCGAAGAAGAAGGAUGAGAAGGCUAUUUGGCAAGCUGACGAAUUCAAAGCGGCCUCUGGUGUGGUGGUGAAGAGCGAAGGCGAUGAUCGUGCCAUCCCGAAGUAUGAGAUACUACCGCGGCAAAAGCUACAAGCAUCAGAUGCCUACUUGAAUUUGCAAGAAAUGGAUCCCUCGAGCGAUCGGUGUCAAGAGCUGCUCAUCAAAGUUUGGCUUCCAGGAGAGCAGCUCAGAGAUAUCUCAGUAGAUGUUCUGGAAGACCGUUUGCUGCUGCAAGCCACCAAACAUCAGCUCAAUGUCGCGCUGCCUCAUAAAGCUGCCUGGCAAGGGAAACAGCAAGGAAGUGCCGAAAGUGGACGUGGUGACUUUCGAGUCCGAAAAGAUGCGGGCAAUGCGAAAUGGGAUAAACUUCAGGGUGUGCUCUCAGUCUGUGUGCCCAUCGAUCAGAAGGUGAAGUACUUCUCGAAGCCUGAUGAGCCAGCGAUGUUCAAAGAUGAGACUCGAACACUGCGGCAGGCUGGCUUUCAGGAGAUCGAUUACGUCUUCGUGGGCCACGGUGCGCCGUGUGGCCCCGACGAGUCGAUGCUGAAGGUCUCACGGUACACCUACGAGAAUGGGAAUCACAAGGUUAGCGACGGCUUUACCUUUCCCGCGCGCGGUGACAUGUCUGUCAGGAGUUUCAAGGAAGCCUUAGUGAAAGUUUGCGCUGACUGGGAGGAGGCCCAGAGUUUCGGCGUGGGCAGGGCCUCCCAAGCACGAGCUGUAUUCGGUGUGUCGGUGGCUUGUGCAACUGCUCAUGCCAGCUUUGGCCACUUGCUACUGAACUGGGUGCAGCAAAAUCACGACCGCUUGGCCCAGAAAGCAGGCUUUCCUCAAGCAAAGCUGAAUGAAAUCCAUGGCGCUUGGGGAGACACCAAGAACAUGGCCACUGUUCUUUGCGGCGUUCUUUCGGUGACGACGAGGGGUUCGGUGACCUGAGGGACAUGUUUACAGCUUGCACGUGAUCCUUUGGAUAUCCUCUGGAUAUCUCUCGAUCCCCAAGUGGUUUCUCUUGUGGCAGACUUCAACCAAGUUCUGCACGUCUAUGUCUAUGUCCCCUCCGUCCCCUCCACCACAAAAAAACAGCGAUGGCAAUCCUUCGGAACCUUCGGGUGAAGUUCUUGUGUGGAGACAGCCCUGUACCUUCUUUGAAAGAGUUUGAGCACUGUGGGGGGGACACGUUUUCAUACUUUUUUGUCCAAGCCCUGUGACUAUUCAGAUAGACUGGUUGGGUAUAGCUAGCUUAGCAGAUCUGCCAAGCUGUCCGUGACAUAUUGGGUGCUGCAAGAGGUCCCAUAGUAGCAUUACUAUAUUACUGUAUAUAGUCCUGAAUGACUCGGCCACGCCGGCGUUCCAAGCCGUUCCAAGUGCUUGCAACAUCGAAACAUGCCCAAUGGCAUCCAAUGGCUGUCAAGGCGGACACCCGUGCACCCGGCACCCGUACUUCGCCGGUCCGUUCGUUCUUUCUCGUGCACCCGUUCCGCAGCUAGACCGGGUCCGAUCUCAGAUCCAUCAAGACCGAUCCCCCCCCAAAUUGAAUCAACACUGGUGGCC